UGUCACACAACACGCUUGACAAAUAGUAACAUCCAGAAGGCAUUGUUGGUACGGAUGUGUUCAUAUUCCCCACCCGCAAACUAUUAUUCAGUAUUUCCGAUUUAGGUUAAACUCUUUUCAGGAAACAACAACCAAACCAUGGGAGCCAACAGCGACCACAACAACGGAUCCGACGAGCAACAACGACGCUCAGAGAUCUACACAUACGAGGCCCCAUGGCACAUCUACGCCAUGAACUGGAGCGUCCGCCGCGACAAAAACUACCGCCUCGCCAUCGCUAGUCUCCUCGAACAGUACCCUAACCGUGUCGAAAUCGUCCAACUCGAUGAUUCCAAUGGCGAGAUUCGAUCCGACCCGAUGUUAUCCUUCGAACACCCCUACCCGCCUACAAAAGUCAGCUUCAUCCCUGACAAGGAGUGCCAGAAGCCUGAUCUCCUCGCUACAUCCAGUGAUUUUCUUCGCAUUUGGCGAAUCUUCGAUGACGAUGAAUGUGGAGACGAUGAAGUUGUUACUAAUGGUGGUAUUGGUUCUGGUUCCCGUAGGGUUGAGAUGAAGAGUGUGCUUAAUAAUAAUCGGAACAGUGAGUUUUGUGGUCCGGUUACUUCUUUCGAUUGGAAUGAAGCCGAACCGAAGCGAAUUGGUACGUCUAGUAUCGAUACCACUUGUACGAUUUGGGAUAUUGAAAGAGAGACGGUGGAUACGCAGUUGAUUGCUCAUGAUAAGGAGGUUUAUGAUAUCGCAUGGUGCGGCGUUGGCGUGUUUGCGUCAGUGUCGGCAGAUGGAUCGGUUCGAGUGUUUGAUCUUCGCGAUAAGGAGCAUUCGACGAUUAUAUAUGAGAGCUCUGAGCCGGAUACACCGCUGGUUCGGUUAGGAUGGAAUAAGCAGGAUCCUAGGUAUAUGGCUACUAUCAUAAUGGAUAGUGCUAAGGUGGUUGUGCUUGAUAUUCGUUUCCCAACACAACCGGUUGUGGAACUGCAGAGGCAUCAAGCGAGUGUGAAUGCGAUUGCUUGGGCGCCGCAUAGUUCGUGCCAUAUUUGCACUGCGGGUGAUGAUUCGCAGGCGCUUAUUUGGGAUCUGUCGUCCAUGGGUCAGCCUGUUGAAGGUGGGUUGGAUCCGAUUUUGGCGUAUACUGCUGGUGCGGAGAUUGAACAGUUGCAGUGGUCUUCUUCUCAAUCUGAUUGGGUUGCAAUUGCUUUUGCAUCUAAGCUUCAGAUUCUGAGGGUAUGAAUGUAUGAUUGUAUCAACAGUUUGACAUUUGUAAUUCAGAUAUUUUAGGUUGAUUUGUAUCCACCCAAUUAAAUGUUUUUGGUUUUCAUCAACUUCCUUUGUUACAA